GGAGGAAUGCGCUCCCCCAUCAGAGAAGGGAGAAUUUUCACAGAAAGUUUUGAAUGAAACACAGGAGGUCAGUUCCAAGCAGAUCCUGCCUAAGCUUUCCUGGCCUGCUCGAGCCUGGGAGCCAACGAUGAAGCAGAGUUUUGCCUUUGACAACAGUGGCUACGAGGACGGCCUGGAUGGCGUGCGCCCCUCUCAGACGGCCACCGGCGCCAUCAGCAUCGUGGGCAUGACCUGCCAGGCGUGUGUGAAGUCCAUCGAGGGCAGGGUGUCUAGUCUGAAAGGCGUCGUGAGCGUUAAGGUUUCCCUGGAGCAGGGCAGUGCCCUGGUGAGGUACGUGCCCUCGGUCCUGAGCCUGCCUCAGGUUUGCUGUCAGAUUGAGGACAUGGGCUUCCAGGCCACUGUGGCGGAGGGAAAGGCUGCCUCCCGGCCAUCCAGGUUCUCGCCCGCCCUGGAGGCCGUGGUCAGGCUCCGGGUGGAGGGCAUGACCUGCCAGUCCUGCGUCAGCUCCAUAGAAGGCAAGAUCGGGAAACUGCAGGGCGUCGUGAGGGUCCGCGUCUCGCUCAGCAACCAGGAGGCAGUCAUCACUUACCAGCCUUACCUUAUCCAACCCCAAGACCUCAGGGACCGUGUGAACGACAUGGGGUUUGAAGCCGUCAUCAAGAACAAGGUGGCCCCCGUGAGCCUGGGACCUAUUGACAUCAGGCAGCUCCAGCGCAUCCACCCAAAGGCCCCUCCGGCUUCCAUUAACCAGAAUGGCAAUAACUCAGGGACCUCGGGGAGCCAGGGGGUGCCCCUGUAUCUGAGAGUGGAUGGAAUGCACUGUAAGUCUUGUGUCCUGAACAUCGAAGAAAAUAUUGGCCAGCAGCCAGGGGUUCAGAGUAUCCAAGUGACCCUGGAGAACAAGACUGCCCAAGUCCAGUACGACCCUUCCCGCAUCUCCCCAGAGACCCUGCAGAGGGCCAUUGAGGCUCUGCCACCUGGGAACUUUAAAGUCUCUCUACCCAACGGAGCGGAUGGAAGUGGGACAGACACCAGGAGCCCCCAGGCGCCCGGCGCGCACUGUGCUGCAGUGCUGGCCAUCGCGGGCAUGACCUGCGAGUCCUGCGUCCAGUCCAUCGAGGGCCUGGUUUCCCAGAGGGAGGGAGUGCAGCGUAUCUCAGUGUCUUUGGCUGAAGGGACAGGAACGGUUCUCUACGAUCCAUCUCUAACUCACCCAGCAGAACUCCGAGCUGUGGUGGAGGACAUGGGAUUCGAGGCCUCCGUCCUGGCUGAAAACUGUUCCAGCAACCACGCUGGGAACCACAGUGCUGGGAGCGCCACGGGGCACACGGCGGCUUGUGCACCUGUGUCCGUGCAGGACACGACUCCCCAGCCCGGGGGGCUCCCUACAAACCACAACCCCGGCCUCGUGUCCAAGUCCCCUCGGGCCUCCGAAACCGUGGCCCCGCAGAAGUGCUUUCUACAGGUCAGAGGCAUGACCUGCGCGUCCUGUGUGUCCAACAUAGAGAGGAACCUGCAGAAAGAAGCUGGGAUUCUCUCUGUGCUGGUUGCGUUGAUGGCUGGAAAGGCAGAGGUGAAGUAUAACCCGGAAGUUAUCCAGCCCCUGGAGAUAGCGCAGCUCAUUCAGGACCUGGGCUUCGAGGCAGAGGUGAUGGAGGACUACGCGGGCUCAGACGGUGACCUCGAGCUGAUUAUCACGGGGGUGACGUGCACUUCCUGUGUCCACAACAUAGAGUCCAAACUCACAAGGACAAACGGCAUCACCUGCGCCUCUGUGGCUCUCGCCACCAGCAAAGCCCGCAUGAAGUUUGAUCCUGAAAUUAUCGGGCCGCGGGAUAUUGUCAAAAUCAUCGAGGAAAUCGGCUUUCAUGUCUCCCUGGCCCAGAGGAACCCCAACGCUCAUCACUUGGACCACAAGGUGGAAAUAAAGCAGUGGAAGAAGUCUUUCCUGUGCAGCCUGGUGUUUGGCAUCCCUGUCAUGGGUUUAAUGAUCUAUAUGUUGAUACCCAGCCACGAGCCCCACGAGUCUAUGCUCCUGGACCACAACAUCAUCCCAGGACUGUCCCUCCUGAACCUCAUCUUCUUUAUCUUGUGUACCUUCGUCCAGUUCCUCGGGGGCUGGUACUUCUACGUUCAGGCCUACAAAUCUCUGAGACACAGGGCGGCCAGCAUGGACGUGCUCAUCGUGCUGGCCACGAGCAUCGCCUACGUCUACUCCCUCGUCAUCCUGAUGGUGGCCGUCGCCGAGAAGGCGGAGAGGAGCCCGGUGACCUUCUUCGACACCCCCCCCAUGCUCUUCGUGUUCAUUGCCCUGGGGCGGUGGCUGGAACACGUGGCAAAGAGCAAAACUUCAGAAGCCCUCGCCAAACUCAUGUCUCUACAAGCCACGGAAGCCACCGUCGUGACCCUUGGGGAGGACAACUUAAUCAUCAGAGAGGAGCAGGUGCCCAUGGAGCUGGUGCAGCGUGGCGACGUCAUCAGGGUCGUCCCCGGGGGCAAGUUCCCAGUGGACGGGAAAGUCCUGGAAGGCAGCACCAUGGCCGACGAGUCCCUCAUCACAGGAGAGGCCAUGCCCGUCACGAAGAAGCCCGGCGGCACGGUGAUCGCCGGGUCCAUGAACGCCCACGGCUCCGUGCUCAUCACUGCCACCCACGUGGGCAACGACACCACCUUGGCUCAGAUUGUGAAGCUGGUAGAAGAGGCUCAGAUGUCCAAGGCACCCAUUCAGCAACUGGCUGACCGGUUUAGUGGAUAUUUUGUCCCAUUUAUCAUCCUCAUUUCAACGUUGACGUUGGUGGUAUGGAUUGUAAUCGGCUUUAUCGAUUUUGGGGUUGUUCAGAAAUACUUCCCUACGUCCAGCAAGCAUAUCUCCCAGGCAGAGGUGGUCCUCCGGUUUGCAUUCCAGACGUCCAUCACGGUGCUGUGCAUUGCCUGCCCCUGCUCUCUGGGCCUGGCCACGCCCACGGCCGUCAUGGUGGGCACGGGGGUGGCAGCCCAGAAUGGCAUCCUCAUCAAGGGAGGCAAGCCUCUGGAGAUGGCCCACAAGAUAAAGACUGUGAUGUUUGACAAAACUGGCACCAUCACCUACGGGGUCCCCAAAGUCAUGCGGGCCCUCCUGCUCGUGGACGCGGCCACGCUGCCGCUCCGGAAGGUGCUUGCUGUGGUGGGGACCGCGGAGGCCAGCAGUGAGCACCCCCUGGGCGUGGCAGUCACCAGAUACUGUAAACAGGAACUUGGCACAGAGACCUUGGGAUACUGCACGGACUUCCAGGCGGUGCCCGGCUGUGGGAUCGGCUGUAAAGUCAGCAACGUGGAGGGCAUCCUGGCUCAGGGCGAGCGCCCGCGUGGCCAACCGACCGCCCACCUGAACGGGGUCGACAGCGUCCCCGUGGAAACAGAUGCGGUCCCGCAGACCUUCUCCGUGCUGAUCGGCAACCGAGAGUGGAUGAGGCGCAACGGCUUGACCGUCACCAGCGACGUCAGCGAUGCGAUGACCGAUCACGAGACGAAAGGCCAGACGGCCAUCCUGGUGGCCAUCGACGGUGGCCUCAGUCAGCCUGGAUUCCGGGUGCCGGCUUUGACACCGGUCGGCCUGCAGGAACCUGUCCUGAAAGGGCACAGCUCCAUUUCCAAGCACACUUCUAAAAAGGCCUCGGCGCUGGUACCGCAGAGAUUUGCAGACCAGGGGACCGCGGCGUUCGGCAGUGCCGCCCGCCGGCUCUCCCAGGUGGAAGGACCUGAGCGCAGCGGAUGCGGGCAGUGA